AAGUUUAGACAUCAGAGUGCAGAGGUUGGGUGCGAGGGUGCUGCCAAUAUUAUAUCGUGACAUUCUUUAUGUAUUCACUAUGUGUCGUAUGGCUUAGCACUCUUACAAACACACAACGGGGAACGUUUAACGCGUAUCUCAUUGCUUAUCUAUGAGUUUCGCUUGUUAGUAUUAUUUCGACGCAUUUAUUAAUGCGUGAUUUAAUCGCGUUUCAUUGAGUAUAACUUCAACCCCGUCAAUAAUAGAUUUAUAAUAAUCAGAUUUUUUUUUCGGUUUUAUUAAAUCGUGCAAUGUUACUUUUAAUCACGGCGUCAGGAACUUACAGAGAACACAUGAAAAUUUUUCAAAGAUUAUCGGUCAAAAUAUGAACAAAGAGAGCCUAUGGUUAGUGCAAUAUAUCGCUAUGGUGAAAGAUGGCAAUUCUUAAGAAGCAUUGCUUCUGCUGAAGUGGCCAACUUGAACUGGCUUGCUAAAGCACAAUGAGAGCCAUUGUAUCAGUCGUAUUGGUCACACUACUGUAUGGGAUAAGUUCAGCCCCCAUUCAUGCCAGUAGAAUAUGUGCAAGUAGAAAAAAAACAAAUGAACAUAUUUCCUUGAAAAUAAAUUCAGCAGGAUUGCCUGUUGAAGAUUUAUCCGAUAAUAAUAAUGUAAUUCGUAUCUCAGCAGACGAUGACAUUAAAUUUGAUAAAUGCAUCAAUUUUUGUCAUGCACUCUGGCAAGAAAAUAAGACUGCUAAUGGUACAGAGAUCAUUAUUUUAUCACAAGGCUGCUGGAAACAAUCUGGUGAACAGAAAUGUGAAAAUACCGAAUGUGUGGCAUUACAACGUUCUACCAAGGCUUUAAAUAAUACUAAGUUUUGCUGCUGUCAUGGAGAUUAUUGUAAUUUAAAUAUUACUAAUAAUAAUCUUUUGUAUUCCGAUAAUAAGAUUUUCAAUUCUGCGCCAGUGCAGAAAAAUCUUGCAACAACCGAAUAUUUAGAACAGUCAGAUUCAGAAAGAUGGUUGCUCAUCGUAGUGAGCACAUUAGUUUGCACUUCAUUGGUGAUAUGUACAAUAGCUAUGAUGAUAUAUCGAACGUACCGUAACAAUAUUUUAACAAGAUUAGGAAAACCAAUGUCUUACAAUGACCAAUUUAUGGAUAGUACAGCAUUAAGGACUGGUACUUAUACUGUUGAUCAUUUAAAACUGACUACAAUUGUCGGACAAGGACGAUAUGGUUCCGUUUGGCAAGGUAGUAUGGGAGAUCAAGAUGUUGCUGUGAAAAUCUUUCCCUCUCAUUAUCGUAAUUAUUUUCAAAAUGAAAGAGAUACUUACUGUUUACCGUUCAUGGAACAUCCAUCUCUAUUAAGCUACUAUGGUGUAGAUGAAAGAAUAAGCAUGGAAGGUAGCACGGAAUAUCUUUUGGUACUAAGCUUUGCUCCAAGUGGUACUUUAACAGAUUUCUUACUAACGCAUACAGUUGACUGGCUGACAUUCUGUAAAAUGGGCCUUUCUGUAGUCAAAGGACUUGCAUAUUUGCAUACUGAUAUUCGUAAAGGAGAUAAAUUCAAGCCCUGUAUCGCUCACAGAGAUAUAAAUUCUAGAAACAUACUGAUUAAAGCCGACGGUAGCUGUUGCAUAUGUGAUUUAGGAUUAGCAGUGCAAAUAUCUGGAUCCAAAUAUUACUCUAACGGAGAAGAACAACAUGCUGAAAUAAAAUCAAUUAAUGAUGUUGGUACUUUGAGAUACAUGGCACCGGAAGUAUUAGAGGGUGCUGUUAAUCUACGCGAUUGUGAAAGUUCUCUCAAACAAAUAGACGUUUAUGCAAUGGGCCUAGUUUUGUGGGAAUUAGUUUCAAGGUGUUCCGACAUUUACAUUCCUGGAUCAGAGGUGCCUCAAUAUAAGCAACCAUAUGAAAAUGAAAUUGGAUUGCAUCCUACAUUCGAACAGAUGCAAAUUUUGGUAUCGCGUAAAAAAGCAAGACCUCUUUUAGAAGGAAAUAUAAUCGAUAGACCAGGAGUACGUCUUAUAAAGGAAACUAUGGAAGAUUGUUGGGAUGCAGAUGCUGAAGCACGUUUGACAGCUUUAUGUAUAGAAGAACGUCUUUCGGAACUACAAUCUCAUCGUAUUACUUCAUACUUUACCGAUGGGAGUCCCAUGGUGAACUCUCACUGUGCCUUAGUGCCUUCAACCACGAAUAGCCUUUAUAGCGAAACUUCACAUCACGAUAAUAUCCAUGUUGUUCAACUAGCAAUGCACAUGAGUCAAGAUGGAUCUACGAACGAGAGCAAUAUGGUCGAUAAUUUGGUUACACUUUCCCCAUCGGAUAGUGUCGCUCACGAACAUAGUUUUAAAAAUUCGAACGAGGUAGCGGUGUAUAACCACACUCAAACUCUUCAACCUUAUCAAGGAAGAAAUCCUUGCAUGGAGAGGAAUUUGAUGUUACAGUCUGAUUCGUUAGAGGAUCUAGGAUGUAACGGUAAUGUUUUAGUUGACAAAUCGUUGAAACACGCGUGCAAUGAUCAAUACAAAGUAGUAACGGAAGCGCAAGGUCUCGUUUCGCACGAUUACUUAGGUCAACAUACGACACAGUUGGCACAACUUAGACCAGCCACACCGAUACCGUACGUACAAAAUGUCAUAUCAGAUGACGGUGCUACGUCUUAUAAUAAACGCAAGCAAACGAAUAUGCAUGACAAUUAUCUUCAAGAAAGUCCACGUAAAAAGAUAUUCGGUGGUUGGCCGAAUUUAAAGAAAUUACUCGUCAACAAGAAGAUGCACCCAUAUAACAAAUAUCCGAUAGACAGGGAGGAUUCCAAAUCCAAUUUAUUGUCAAAGCAAAAUGUACAAAUUAAGACUGUGGACACUAACGUGACCAUCUCACCUGGUGGUAAAUACGUUAACGGUAUUAUUGGUAAAACUUCAACUUCUACCGCGCCGAUAGUAAAAAAUGAUAAGAACGUAGUACAAACUGGAAAUAACGCGUACGACAAUGACGGAACGAGUAAUGCUCGACCCUCGACAUUGCCGUUAGUUAAUUUGAAAAAUAAAAAAGGGGAAAACAAUCUUAGCAGGCAGGAGAGUAUCGAUAAAUUCAACGAGGUCUUUAAUGUUAGAUCUAACGUCAACGUGUUGAAAGAUCCCAACAUGAGAAUUAAAACUCCGGGUGAUUUACCACCAUCCGUGAGAAAGAUUCGUGGUCGUGCACAAUCUUCAGCUAGAUUUUCCCUUUACGACGAUAGAAUGAUGUGUACUAUUCUUAGCGAGGAAGAUGAUCGUAGCGACAUAGCAAUUUGGAAUUCGGUGCCAUUUGGUAUGGAUCUUAGUGAAACAGAUGGAACGAGUUCACCUAUUAAACAUAGUACCAAAAAUGUAACUUGCUUUUAAUUGAGAAACAUGAUAUAUAUCCGAUGUGUAUGUAAAGUCUCGAUAUAAUAUGUACGAAGAAAAAAGAAUAGAAAAGAAAAUAAGAGAGGAAAAAGUAAGUGAAACUAGAAAAAAGAAAAAGGUUGAAAUACAAUUUAGCCUGAUACAAAUGAUAUAUGUACAGAGAAAUUUUGUUUUUAAAAUUUAAAUAAGAUUUUAUACUUAAUACUGAUAUGUUAUUAAAAAAGAAAAAAAAUAACAAAAUACAGAUACAUAUAUUGUAUACAAUAGAAUUAGACAUCAGGAAAUCAGAUAAAAAAUGAAUAUACUUAAAAAAAAAAAAA